AGACAGACAGUCAUACCACUGGAGAAAUGGAACAGAGACCCCAUAGUGAUGGAUGGAAGACAGACAGUCAUACCACUGGAGAAAUGGAACAGAGACCCCAUAGUGAUGGAUGGAACAGUGACCCCAUAGUGAUGGACGGGAGGCUGGCUGAUCUACAGCUUGUAGCUUCCGCUUGUUUCAGCCAUGUUGUUACAACCGUUCCAGAAUGUUGUUUGUUUGUUUGUUUGUUUGUUGUCAGGACCUGCUUCAGGAUGCCUAUGAUGUGGUGAAGAAAGAGAUGGACUCUGCUUCAGACGACAGUCCUGUCCUGGCCCCUCCUCAGUGUGGGGACUUUGAGAAGCUCCGGGAGAUCUAUAAGGACAUCAUGUGUUUCGUCAAGACUCAGAUGGUGGAGAAACAAGAACAUAACCAGGACGUGUGUCUGUCUUCUAUGAGGGACUAUGAGGAGAUCUUUCUCCAGUGCUCAGAGUCCUUCGACAGUGAGGACAUGUGAACCACAGGAGGCUGCUGACGGGAGGACGGCUCAUAGAAAUGUCCGGAACGGAGCAAACGGAAGGGCAUCAAACACCUGGAAACCAUGGAAACCAUGUGUGAUGUAUUUAAUACCAAUCCACUGAUUCAGCUCCAGCCAUUACCCACGAGCCUGUUCUCCCCAACCUCUUAACCAACUUCCUGUUUCUGGGACCAAUCAGAACAGUUAGAAUGUGUUUGAUGUAUUUAAUACCGUUCCACUGAUUCAGCUCCAGUCAUUACCCACAAGCCUGUUCUCCCCAACUUCCUGUCAUGUGAACGAACACCUAUUUGUUGUACAAGUGUUUGUUCAUGGUGAUAUGAAAAGACACAUUGUGUUACUUAUUAUGACUUGUUAAAUGAUCACUUUUUGUGAUUUGUUUUUAUAAAUGUUCAACUUUUUUUAAAUUGUUCUGGGCUUUUCUACCCGUUUGUUAUUAUAGACAUGUUUUAUACGAUGUUUUAUACUCCGACGUUCAUGUUUAUGUUUUAUAUACGAUGUUUUAUACUCUGGUUAGAGUAUCAUGUUGUUUUAUACUCUGGUUAGAGGCAUUGUAUUUCAUGUGUAUUAUUGUUCAGCCUUUUUUUAAACCAUUAGGAAUCAACAUUUUGUCCAGACAGUCUUUCUCUGUGUAAAACCCAGCUUCAGAGGUUGAUAGAGAGGGCUGGUGGGGACGCGGAGGAAUUUCCCCAAAAAAUUCUGAAA